ACUAGUAUAGACCAUCGUGAAUACCUAUUAUGGCAAAACCACCAAAGUCAAGCGGCUGGUGACCAGGCCGGUCGAGUUGGCUAUCUUCUAGUAAAUGCAAGAAGAGAGUGCCUAUGCCAUAUUGACAUCCAACUUUUCCGUCGUCAGAAUCACCGUAACAUACCUAUGUAUGUAGCACUAGAGGCCCCUAUAACUCAACUUAGUAGCAAAGCAAACUAGCCAAAACCGAAGCCAGAGUCACUCGCUAUUGACUGAUUCUCGUGACGAGAGGCCUCGAAAGAUACCUAGUCGAGGACGAACCAAAACACAUACACAAACAUGAAUGACGAUGGCUCGUGCCGUGACAAGAUGUAGCCGUAGCUUCGUCCUCUGCUCUUCCUAUAUGAACAUGGCCUUCGAUGUCGGUAACUCAUCUCCCCUCCUACCCUAAAACCGAAAUGCUUCUCGGAACUCACAGAAAACAUCAAGAUGCAUUACCUACUGCUUUCCCUCAUGCCCCUCGUGGCCUACGCCACGUCCAUCAUCGACGCCACCCUCGCGGACCCAUCGCCCCCGCGCCCGGACAAGCUGCCCGCCAUCUCGCCGCCCUUCAACUACACGGCCAUCGAGGCCGGGCUGGCGGAACAUCUGUCUCUCGCCUCGUUUCGAAUGGAGGGCUUGAACGCAUCGGCUAGAAUGAUACCCCAGGCCUGCAAGGACAGAGCCAAGGACUACCACAUGCAGCCUUCUGACUUACAGGUCUUUCGGUCGACGUACGACGACUGCGAGCAGCCUUGGGUGAUGUGCCGGCACAACAACGCGACCGUUAGCAUGCAAGACAUAACAACCGUCUUCGGCCGCAUCCCCCUCGGCAUGCGCCAGUUCACGCGCCACCUGAUCGUCCUCCCCAGCGCCUCCCUGCCCCCCGGCUGCGCAGGGGUAAGCAGCGACGACGCGAUCGUGGUAGGCGACAGCGCGCUGAAGCACUUUGUCCUCGCGCACGAGAUCUCGCACUCUCUCGACGCCCGCAACCGCCCCACCACCACCCCCACCCCCAACUCCAACUCCAACCUACCGAUCGGCAUAAGCAUCUCCCCCACCUGGCGCGCCUCCUACGCCCUCGACUCCGCCACCGUCUCCGAGUACGCGCGCUCCGCGUGGCCCGAGCAGCUGGCCGAAACCGGCGUCGCCGCGCUGUACGACGCCGUCGUGCCGGGCGGGCUGGCCAGCGCCGGGAACCCGAGCUACGGCGGGGUGAUGAAUCAGGUUGGGGCCUGGAGGCGGGAGUUUGGGAGGUUUGUGGAUGGGGAGGGGGGGUGCGGGUUGAGGAGGCCGGAUUCGCCGAUGGUGGGGUGGGAUGAUUGA